AUGAACCUACCGACACUUCUCGAAAAUGUCGAUAUGGACGCUGUACCAGAUAUGCACGAAGCACCCGAACCCGCGGUCAUGGACGCUGAUCACUCGGCUGGGCCGCAGGGAUUCGCGUCGGCCUUUUCAUUCCAGUCCAUGGGUGGACCAUCGAACUACUUCGGUCUUGAACCACCUUACACUGAUGCGUGGGCGAGCUUUGGUCAGGCCGAUCUUCGUCCUCGCGUUGAAGAGAUCCUUGACGAAGAGAUGGUGGAAGAGAUGCUCUUCUCCGAAUCUGCCGCUCCCCUAACAGCAUCGGGUGGCUCAGGAGAGCCGAAUAUCAAUGACGUCGAGAUGGAUACUCACGCUCCCGAGUCGGGAAACGACGGGUUCGCGGCGUUUACGAGUACGACCACUUCUUAUCCGACAGCUGGUUCGACCUCUUUCGAUUCCUUCUUUCCCAUUUCUACCAAUACCUUCUUACCUCCGUCCUCUACUUCCUUCUCCACGCCAACCUCCAUCACGAUCAAUGUGUUCGCGAGCUAUACGCGCCCAAAGCCACUCGCAGAAGAUAGGUCGAUGGAGGAUAUUACCAUUCCGCAGUCGCGUCGGCAGGUGCAUGAGGGACCGAGGCCGUCAGAAACGCCUUUUCCCUCUUCGCCUGGUGAUGAGUGGCAGGAUUACAUUUACAACUAUCAGAGGGUGUCGCCUCCGCGCGAGUUGAAUUCGCUAUGGUUCGGUUUGUCCGCGUCGGAGCGCCCAAAAGGUUACGGCCUGCCGGGCGCGGAUCCUGACCAGGAAGCAUCCCUCGCAGCUCGUGUGGAGCUCGAGAGACAGCAUGAGGAGUAUGAGAGGUGCCAAGAAGAGCUCGCCGCACAGGCCAAGGCUCACGCCGACGAGCGUAAGACAGCUAGGAAGUCCCACAAGCGCAAAACGCGCGACAGCGAGAAGCGAGCGCGGAGAGAAGAGCUUGCUGCUUACGCGGCUCGUCGUUCACGAGUUCGGAGGAACACAAGACGUGUAUUGCCGUCUGGUCUUGAUUUCGCGCAGCCGGCGUGGUCAUGCAUGGAUGGGCGAGUCAGGGAAGGCGGGCCAGUGCGGUCGUCCGUGGGCCCUGCGCGCAACGUCAGGAAGGUCGUUCGUUGGGCGUCUAGCGUCAUGAGUCGCGGUGAAUGGCGGAGCUGGGUGGCGCCUUAG